AUGAAGUUCCUAGCGGGAUUGUCAUUGCUGUCCCUUGUUCCUUCUUCGUUUGCUGUUCCUACAGCGAGCAAGCACCCUCGCAAUGACUUAUCUCAGGCUGAGCAGCCCUUGAUCAAGCUAAAGCCCCAGCGAACUUCCUCCCGUGAGCUUGUGAACCUUGAUGGUCUGUGGAAAUUCACACUUGCUUCCGGUGCCAACGACACGACCCAGCCCUGGACCGCGCCAUUCCCCAGCGGUGCUCUCGAAUGUCCGGUCCCGGCGUCUUACAACGAUAUAUUCGUCGACCGGGACAUCCACGACCAUGUCGGAUGGGUUUACUACCAGCGCGAGGUUUUCGUCCCAAAGGGCUGGUCGAGGGAGCAGUAUUUCGUGCGAGCUGAAUCUGCUACUCAUCACGGUCGUAUCUAUGUGAAUGACCGUCUACUCGCCGAGCACGUCGGCGGUUACACACCUUUUGAAGCCGAUAUCACCGAGUUUGUCACUGCUGGAGAGAAAUUCAGGUUGACAAUUGGUGUCAACAACGAGCUUAACCAUGAGACAAUCCCACCCGGAAAGAUCGAGAUCGCUGAGGCCACCGGCAAGCGAGUCCAGACUUACAACCACGACUUUUACAACUACGCUGGUCUUUCUCGCUCCAUUUGGUUGUACUCUGUGCCUCGUCAACAUAUCGAGGACAUCACCGUUGUCACUGAUGUCGAUGGUGAGACUGGACUCAUCGAUUAUAACAUCAAGGCGGCCAAGAAUUCAACUGGGAUUAUCAAGAUCUCCGUUAUCGACGAGGAUGGAGUCGUUGUUGCAACUGCCUCUGGAGCUCAGGGUACCGUCAAGAUCAACUCGGUCAAAUUGUGGCAACCCGGUGCGCCUUACCUUUACCAAUUCCAGGCCAACAUUGUAGAUGGCCGCAACAAGGUGGUCGACACCUACAGCGUGGCCACUGGUGUUCGCAGUGUCAAGGUCGACGGGUCGAAGUUCCUCAUCAACGGCAAGCCCUUCUACUUUACCGGAUUCGGAAAACACGAAGACACCUCAGUUCGCGGCAAAGGACACGACCAAGCCUACAUGGUUCACGAUUUCCAACUGAUGGACUGGAUCGGCGCCAACUCUUUCCGCACCUCCCACUACCCUUACGCCGAAGAAGUCAUGGACUUUGCAGACCGACAGGGAAUCGUCGUGAUCGAUGAAACACCCGCCGUGGGUCUGAACAUUAAUUUACUGGGUGUGUCUGGGUCCGAGGUCCCAAAAACCUGGUCUGAGGAGAACAUCAACAACAACACCCAGAAAGCCCACAAGCAAGCCAUCAGUGAACUUAUCAGCCGGGAUAAGAACCAUGCCAGUGUUGUUAUGUGGUCGAUUGCCAAUGAGCCUGCCUCCGCAGAAGAAGGCGCGCGAGAGUACUUCGAGCCGUUGGUCAAGUUGACUCGCGAGCUUGAUCCAAGUCGUCCUGUUACCUUUGCCAACGUCGGGGAUGCAACAUUCGAGUUGGAUCUGAUCUCAGAUCUGUUUGACGUCACUUGUCUGAACCGGUACUUUGGGUGGUACUCGGAAACAGGAGUCCUCGAGGAGGCAGAGCCUGCUCUUGUCAAGGAGCUGCAAGGCUGGGAAAAGAAAUUCAACAAACCAAUCAUCAUGGCUGAGUACGGCGCUGAUACCAUUGCCGGUAUUCAUUCCACUCUUGGUCUCCCUUGGAGCGAGGAGUUCCAGGACGAUAUGCUCGCCAUGUACCACCGGGUCUUUGACAGCAUCGAGUCCAUGGCUGGUGAGCAUGUUUGGAACUUUGCUGACUUCCAGACCUCUAUGGGUACCAUGCGGGUGGAUGGUAAUAAGAAGGGUGUGUUUACCAGGGAUCGCAAGCCUAAGAUGGCGGCACAUGGUUUGAAGGCGAGAUGGACCAACAUGACCACAAGUGGGUGA